AUGGAGAAAACAAGUGGAAAAGGGGCCACUGCUUUGUCCACAAUGGAGACUGGCAUAGGGAACCCAGCGCUGGAGCUCACGGAAGAAGGAUUAAAUCCUGAGGGAACCAGGAGAACUGAAGAGCAAGGACAAAGCCUCCGGGAUGGGCUGGGGCCUUCCACUCACCACAGGUACCUGAGACUUCUACAACCUUUCACCAGGGCAAGAAGUUUCUGCAAAACACAUGUCAGCCUGUUCAAGAAGAUCCUGCUGGGCCUGUUCUGUUUGGCUUAUGCUGCCUACUUCCUGGCAGCCUGCAUCUUGGAUUUCCAGAGGGCACUGGCCUUGUUCGUCCUCACCUGCUUGGUGCUCCUGGUCCUGGUUCACCGGGCUCUGAAAAGCUUGUUUGGUAAAACAUUAACAAGAUGUCUGAAGCCCUUUGAAAACUCCUGCCUGAAGCUUUGGAUGAAAUGGGUGUUCGCUGGAGUCGCCUUGGUUGGCCUCAUCCUGUGGCUAGCUCUAGACACAGCGCAAAGGCCAGAGCAGCUGAUGUCCUUUGCAGGAAUCUGCAUGUUCAUCCUCAUCCUCUUUGCCUGCUCCAAACACCACAGUGCAGUGUCCUGGAGAACGGUGCUUUGGGGCCUGGGUCUUCAAUUUGUCUUUGGGAUCUUGGUCAUCAGAACUGAUCCUGGAUUUAAUGCAUUUCAAUGGCUGGGAGACCAGAUUCAGAUUUUCCUGGGCUACACAGUGGCUGGCUCCAGUUUUGUCUUUGGGGAUACGCUGGUCAAGGAUGUCUUUGCUUUUCAGGCCUUACCAAUCAUCAUUUACUUUGGAUGUGUGAUGUCCAUUCUCUACUACCUGGGCCUUGUGCAGUGGCUAGUUCAGAAGGUUGCCUGGUUUUUACAAAUUACCAUGGGCACCACCGCCACAGAGACCCUAGCUGUGGCAGGAAACAUCUUUGUGGGUAUGACAGAGGCACCUCUGCUCAUCCGUCCAUACCUUGCAGACAUGACACUCUCUGAAAUCCAUGCAGUGAUGACUGGAGGGUUUGCCACCAUUUCAGGCACUGUGUUGGGAGCCUUCAUAUCCUUUGGGAUUGAAGCGUCAUCCUUGAUUUCUGCGUCUGUGAUGGCUGCCCCGUCUGCCCUUGCCUUGUCAAAGUUGGUAUAUCCAGAAGUGGAGGAAUCCAAGUUCAAGAAUAAGGAGGGGGUAAAAUUGCCCCGUGGAAAGGAGACAAAUAUCCUGGAAGCUGCCAGCAAUGGAGCCACAGAUGCCAUAGGCCUUGCCACUAAUGUAGCAGCCAACCUGAUUGCCUUUUUGGCCGUGUUGGCCUUCGUCAAUGCUGCCCUUUCCUGGCUAGGGGAAUUGGUAGACAUACAGGGGCUCACUUUCCAGGUGAUUUGCUCCUAUAUCCUAAGGCCUAUGGUUUUUAUGAUGGGUGUAGAGUGGGCAGAUUGUCCAAUGGUGGCCGAGAUGGUGGGGAUCAAGUUCUUCACAAAUGAGUUUGUGGCCUAUCAGCAACUGUCUCAAUACAAGAACAAACGUCUCUCUGGAAUGGAAGAGUGGAUCGGGGGCGAGAAACAAUGGAUUUCUGUGAGAGCUGAAACCAUUACAACAUUUUCACUCUGUGGAUUUGCCAAUCUUAGUUCCAUAGGAAUCACACUGGGAGGCCUGACAUCAAUGGUACCCCACCGGAAGGGUGACAUGUCCAAGAUUGUAGUCCGUGCCCUCUUCACAGGGGCCUGUGUAUCCCUUAUCAGUGCCUGUGUGGCAGGAAUCCUCUAUGUUCCCAGGGGAGCUGAAACUGACUGUGUCUCCUUCCUAAACACAAGUUUCACCAAUAGAACCUAUGAGGUCUAUGUGUGCUGCAGAGAGCUCUUCCAGAGUACGUCUCUGAAUGGCACCAACGCUCCUUCUUUUUCCGGUCCAUGGGAAAAUAAAGAGUUCAGUGCCAUAGCCCUUGCUAACUGCUGUGAAUUCUACACCAAUGCUGUGUGUGCCUAAAGCUGGUCCAUUUUCAUAACAGUCUUAAUCUUGACAGACUUUUGAUGGUAAAGGUAUUUAUGUAGUCAAGAGUUCCCACUCUACAACCAACUCACCAUGUCUUUAACAGUACAUGUAAAAAAUAAUUUGGUUUUCACUGUAUGCCUGUAAUGAAAAUCAGCAUUUGUCUUUCCAUUAUUUGGCUGAACCAAAUAGGAAA